CAUAUCUACCUCAGUGCUACUAUGCACUAUCAAUGAUUAUUGUCUUCAAUGUUUAAUGCUUGCAUACUGCAUUGCAUUUUACAUAGUCAUUAGUACUAACAUUGAGGAAGCAGUGACUGCGACAAUCACCAUAACUAUACGCCGCUUCGUUUAUUUACAUACUCCACACCCAGAUUCCAUUUCCCACCCCAUUAAUACUCCUAUAAUAACCAAAGCAUUGAAGUCAACGGUCCCAAAUACCACCUUGCAUACACAAUUCCCCUGCGUUUUCCCCGAACCAGAAACAAAAAUUGGACGCUGUGGAACGAAUUGAAAUCGAAUUGGAUUGAGUUGACUCGCUUGGACUUGGGGUUGACAGACGAGGAUCGAGAAAGAGGCAUUCCAUACAAAUCUCAGCCACUGUAGCCAUGCAACGUCGAGUAGUCAAAGAGCCCUUUCGAAUCCACGUCGAUGAGUCUGUAUCUGUAGAUGGAACUUCAGACGCUGAAGGAUCUGCUCAGACUCGAGCCAAACAGCUAGACGACGAAUAUGAAUACCACGAAGAUCACGAAGACCAAGAAGACCAAGAAGACCAAGAAGAUCCCGACGAUGGAUUAGCAGAAGAUGCUGAAGACGAAGAACAAGACAAUCACGCCGAAGAUGACGAUGACUGCGAAACCGAUUGUUCCGACCGCAGCGACGAUAUUGACCUCAGCGUCCAGCAUGAUAUGGAAAAGCUAGAGGCUACAUUCCCCAACUUCAAAAACAAGUACCGCCUCAUAAAGCGCAUUGGUGAAGGCACUUUCUCCACCGUCUACAAGGCCGAAGAUAUACAAUACCACCGAUACGAGAAUAAAUGGGAUAUUGACGCUGUAGAAAACCAAUGGAGACCUCCGCCACUUAGAGAUGCUUCUAACUCCCGUACAAACUCCCUCUCUUCUCGAACCCGACAGAAGCCCAAGUUCGUGGCAAUCAAGAAGAUCUAUGUUACUUCUUCGCCAUCCCGCAUCCUCAACGAACUCGAACUCCUCCACGACUUGCGAGAUUCCCCUUCCGUAUGCCCUCUCAUCACAGCCUUCCGUCAUGCCGACCAGGUACUCGCGAUUCUUCCCUAUUUCCGCCACCAGGAUUUCCGCAAGUAUUAUCCUCACAUGUCUGUUUACGACAUGAGAGUGUAUUUCCGAUCUCUCUUUACUGCCCUCGCCGCCGUACACGAGAAGUAUAUUAUCCACCGUGAUAUUAAACCUACAAAUUUCCUCUACGACCCAGACAAGAAACGGGGUGUUCUUGUUGACUUUGGCUUGGCGGAACGGGAGGAGGGAGAAACCAAACCAUGUCUUUGCCAUGAGGACCGACAGGUCAGAAGACAAAGAUUGCAACAGUCCGUAGCCUUUGGUGGAUCUCAGGUUGGCCCACCGGCAGGGUACCCAGUGAAUGAUACUCGGCCCUCUCGUCGAGCCAACAGGGCAGGCACACGUGGAUUCCGGGCGCCCGAGGUCCUAUUCAAGUGUACGGAACAGACGACUAAGAUCGACAUCUGGUCUGCUGGUGUCAUCCUUCUAACUAUACUGUGCAAGCGAUUCCCCUUCUUCAACAGCGCUGAUGAUAUCGAGGCCAUGAUCGAGAUUGCUACCAUAUUUGGCUCCAGGAGAAUGAGACAGGCUGGACAGCUUCACGGUUGCGUGUUCGACACUACUAUACCGACUAUUGGUGAAAGAGGCUUUAGCUUCGAGAAGAUCAUGCUAUGGAGUACGUGCAGGAGUGAAGGUGGUAAAGAUGGCAAGUCGAGCCAACUGACAGAAGAGGAGAAGGAGGCUAUCGAGUUUUUAACUCGGUGCAUGGAUUUAGAUCCGGCGAGACGGAUUAGUGCUGAGGAGGCCUUGGCACACAGCUUCCUGCAAAUCGACAGUGAGACAGAAGUAGAGGUGGAGGACGACGUGAUGAUGUUAUGAUAAAUAAAUCGUCUCGAACUGAAAUCAAGCACGUCAAAGUUAGGGGGGUGAAAGCUAAGCACUAUAUGUAGCACACCCCCCAUUUCCGACAACACAGACAAAACAAGCCUUCCCCAAAGAUGGACACAUUUACAUCCAUCAGGAGGCACUGCCCACAUAGGUUAUUGCCUAUAUUAUGGCAUGCCGAAAGAGCAUCACGCCGAGUAUCAUUGGGCGAUAAGAUACGAAUAAUGGUAAGCUCGGGCGAGCUUCUAUUUGGGGCCUGUACAUGUACACUCUAUACACUCGAAUUAAAGAAGAACAUUAUGAAACAA